ACACUCGCCAUUAGUCACUUUUUUACACAAUAAACCUAAAUUAAGCGAAUUUGUAAGCGCUUUUUGGCAGCUUUAAACUAAGUCGAAUAGAUUUAACAGCCCGCAAGCCAUUGAGAAAAGGCGCAGAAGGGUUCCGCCGGCGAAAGCAACGCAAAAGUCGUACUUAAGCCACCGUGACGCACCGAAAAUCGAUUGCCCAGGGAAAACAAUAAGGGAAACCAGACAAAGAUUGGACUGAUUUGGUUUGUGUUGACCCCGGGGCAUCGCACAUUGUUGGCAGAUAGCUGAGCGAUCGUUUGGUCAUCAAAAUGGGAAUCUUUGGGCAGUCGUCGCCAUUCGACGCCGACGUGGAAAAGGCCACCAGCGAGACCAACACCAACGACAACUGGUCGCUGAUCCUGGAUGUCUGCGACAAGGUGACCACGAAUCCUCGCCAGGCCAAGGAUUGCCUCAAGGCGGUGAUGCGUCGCAUGGGCCACACCGAUCCCCAUGUGGUAAUGCAGGCGAUCACACUGCUGGACGCUUUGUCCAACAACUGCGGAAAACCGCUCCACUUGGAGGUGGCUUCGCGGGACUUUGAGACCGAGUUCCGGCGACUGCUGGCCAAGGCGCAGCCCAAGGUUUCGUUGAAAAUGCGACAAGUGCUAAAGAACUGGGCUGAUAACGACUACAAGAACGAUCGCGAACUGGACUUGAUACCCGCCCUCUACGCCCAGUUGCGCCAAGAGGGCUACGACUUCAAGAAUCUGGGCGAUAAGGCCACCAAGACGGUGGCCGAGAAGGCCGCCGCCCUGCCCAAGGAUCCGAAUGUGGUCAGCAGCCAGCAGGAGGAGGACGACAUCGCCAAGGCCAUUGAACUGUCGCUGAAGGAGAACAAGGGCAGCAGUCCCAAGACCGGGAGUGGAGCAAGUGCCGGCACCGCCAGUGCCUAUCCCUCGUUGUAUCCCUCUUUUGGCGGCGCCACCACCUCUAGUGCCAUCAGCAGCGAGGCGAAUGCCACUUCGGCUCCGGAGCCGAGAAAGGUUCGCGCCCUGUACGAUUUCGAGGCGGCGGAGGAGAACGAACUGACUUUCUUCUCAGGCGAGAUCAUCCAUGUGCUGGACGACAGCGAUCCCAAUUGGUGGAAGGGCUACAACCAGCGCGGCGAGGGUCUCUUCCCCUCGAACUUCGUCACUGCCGAUCUGUCCGUCGAUCCCGAACGCCUGGACAUCAAUCAGCAGCACAAGACGGCCGCCGCCGCCGCCGCCGGGCAAAGGGAGUUGGACUCUGCUGCGGCGUUGCAGCAAAAGACUGAAGCGGCAGCCGCCGCCGCCGCUGCCCAGCCGGUGGAGAUCGACGAGUCAAAGAUCGACCGGCUGCUGCAUCUGCUGCACGAGGCCAAUCCUGAGGAUCCCUCGCAGGACAGCGACGAGAUGCUGCAGCUGGAGCAGGAAGUCCAUCAAAUGGGCCCGCUGAUCGAUGCCGAGCUGGAGCGUGUGGACCGCAAACACGCCCAGUUGACGCAGCUGUCCAGCGACCUUGUGGACGCCAUCAAUCUUUACCAUACCCUGAUGCGCGACGAUCGGGUUGCGGCUGGACAGUUUGCCGCCGCUGCAGGUGGCUUUAUGCCUGGACUGGCUGGCUUUCCGGGUGCCGCUCUCUACGGAUCUCCAGGUUAUCCCGCAGCCGGUGGUUUUCCUCCGGCUCAAAACUAUCCGCAUGGCAUGCACUCGCUGCCAUAUGGCCCUGGCCCCGUAUCAAAUCCUCCCACUGGAGCUCCAUCGCAGGCUCCUGGUGGUGGCUAUCUCGGACAACCGCAGGGGCCGGUGCCACUGCCGUAUCAGAAUGGACAUGCUGCACAGAUGAAUUCGCUGCCACCGCAUCUAACACAGCCCGCUGUUGCUGCACCCGUGCCCCAGCCCAUCUACACUGCUCAGCCCAUUCCUGUGACCAACCAGCAUCCCCAGCAGCCACCACAGCAUCCCCAGAACAACUACCACAUUGACCAGCAGUCACAGUACGCCCAAGUUCCGCCCGCAGUCCCACAAAUCCAACAGCCACAGCCGCAGCAGCAGCAGCCGUCAGCUCCCCACGCCUACAUGUCGCCACAGCAUCAGCAGCCACCGCCUCCACAGGGAUACCAGCCUGGCCCAAAUCUGUAUGCCCCGAACGGAUCGCCAGCCGUCAACCCACAGAGCUUCAUGUCACCGCAGCAGCAUCAACAACAGCAGACGCAACAUCAGCAGCAGCAGCAGCAGCUCCCACAUCUCGAUCAGUUUAGUCAGCUGCACCAGCAGAUGGCCGCCAUGUCCAUGGCUGGAGGGCCACCAGUUGGGGCGCCCGGCUAUCACAUGCAGAACGAUGCUGUCAAGAACAACAUUCCUAUCUACCAGCAGCAGCGGUAAGACCGCUGCCAUAAAUUAGAGCCCUUCACCCGGUUUGCUUUAGUUUUGCCCCCAAAAUUUCGGAUAGCUCUUCGGCGAAAGAAAGUUUUCAAAUCUCUAAGUCUAUUCUGUGAGGGCCGUGGAAAGCAAUUGGCAGUGAACCAAAAAUUUCGUUUAACCUUAAAAAGAAUGAGAGAAGCCAAAUUAUUUUAAAAAUUGUGUCCCCUCACAUAUUUUGUUUUUUAAUUUUUGAUAACAUCUUAUUUUGGCCAAUAUGUUUUGCAGCCAAUCAAUAUGUUUUAUGGAAGAAAGAUAAACGAGUCGGAAAUGAUAUAUAUAUACCAUAUAAAUAUUCUAUAUUCAACACCAUGUAUAACUUUGUAUUUAGUGCAGGAGAGAUAACUAUUAUGUAUUAUGUUUAUUGUACGGAUUAUGAUAUGAUAAAAAUAACGAAACGAAUCACAUUCAUUAAAAUCAUUUAAAUAUAUACUAAGGAAACUAUGUCUUCAUUAAUUCCAAUUUAAAAGAUUGAGACAUCGAGUUAUGAUGUAGCAAUCCUUAUAAUUUUUUUAGGCUGAGCAAUAGCAAUAUUUGCUGUUGUUGAUGGAACUCCGAUUGACAUAGGAUUUGAAAUGACUUUUUUUUUCAUAUAAAAGCUUUGCAAAUAUAUUUGAAAAGCCAUUCAAAUUUUAUUUUUGUAUAAAAAAGAUAUGCAAUAUUUAGUUCCUUACAAUUGAGUAUAAUUUUUGAAAAGACUUGACAUAAGAUUAAGUGUUUGAUAAAAACAUUUACUAUUAUUAUUUGGCAAUGCAAUCGAGUUUUUUUAAGUCAACCCAAGCGGUAAAUAGAAUAUAAGAACGGAGCAGGUAUGCAAAUUUAUAAUUUAGUGGAAAUCAAUCGAAACAAUUGAUUGAAUAUAGUAAGCUUGUGUGUAUUGCUAUCAGAUUUUUAAUUCGAUGCUGUGUUUUUUGCAGGUUUAUAUCCAACGUGGUUAGCUUCAAUCAACAGCGCUUAUUCUGCUCAUGCGGAAACAAACAUCCUUUCGUGUCUGUGCACUUUUCGGAUGGGAUUCCAAUAUAUUUCGAGCAAUCUUUGCCACAUGCCAAUGUCUCGCAUGCCAGCAAACAUGCAACAAUCCAACAAAUUCCCAUCCGGCGUUCAAUGGCACAGAUAUCCUAUGAAAUAGACUGUCAAAAAGGCGAGACUGUCUGAGCCUGGUAAAUAGAAAAUGUCAAUAAAUGCGGAAUGUCACAGCAGAAAUAAAACAAGGCAAAUAACGGACGAACGAA